UCACGACUUGUUAUCUCUCAGGUCCCAGCUUCAUCUCAGAAACACUCCCAGCUCGGGCUGAGAAGUUUCCUUCACAUUUCUACCGAAUACAAGCUGAAAGGAUUCUCUCUCUCUCCAUCUCUCUCGGUCUCUCCAGCCCUCCCUCUAAAUCUCUUUAUCCCCCUGUCACCCCAUCGCUCUGUCUGUCUCAUUCUCACACUCUCUUGUAUUCAGUCCAUCCUCUCUCUCUCUCCCUCUCCAUCCCUCCCUCUAAAUCUCUUUAUCUCUCUGUCGCUCUAUCUCUCUGCCUGUCUCUCUCUCUCUCUCAUUUUCUCCCUCUUUCUCUCCCUGUUUCCCUGUCUCAGUUUUAUAUAUUUUAAAUAUAUUUAUUCUGUAUUGCCUCUCGGUUGUACAGUCUCGUUAUCGCUCCCUCUCAGUACUUAUAUUUAUAGCAUUCUCUCUUCCCUCCCUCUGUCUCUCACCAUCUGUUUCUCUUCCCUUCCUCCCUCUCUCUGUCUCCUCUCUGUCCCUUGCAACCACCUUUCUUUCUCUCUCUCUCUCUCUCUCUCUGUCUCUCUCUUCCCUCGCCUUCUCUCUGCCUCUCUCCUCAAUAUUCCCCCUCUCUCUCCCCUGUCUCGCACUCUCUCCUUUGGGUCGCUCUCCUAUCUCUCUCUCUCACUCCUCAGCCUCCCUCUCUUGCUCUCUUCCUCCGUCUCUCCCCUAGUUUUCUCUCCUUUCUUGUUCCCUCAUUCUCCCUGUCUCUCUCUCUCUCUCUCUACACCCCCACUCUCUUCCACAGUCUGCCCGUCUCUCUCCCCAUUUCUUCCUAUAGCACAUACAUUCCUUCCAUCGCUCUCCCUCGCUAUACAUAUCAAUAGUCUCUCUAUCCCCUAUCUUUGUCACACACUCUCUCAAUCCCCUCACUAUCCUACUGUCUCCGUCCCCUCUCUCUAUCACACAGUCCCUCCGGGCCCUCUAUCACACACUCUGUCCGUGCACCUCUCUAUCACACACUCCCUCCGUGUCCCCUCUUUAUCACACAUGUGCCCUCCAUCCCCUCUCUAUAUCAAGCACACUCUCUCCAUCCCCUCUAUCACACACUCCCUCCAUCCCCUCUCUUUCUCUCUCUAUAUCACACAUUCUCUAUCUCUUCUCUCUCCCUAUCUCGCUCCCUCUCUCUCCCUCUUCAACCCCCUCUUUUCUCAUCACCCCAGCAUUCUCUCCUUGCGCCCUCCCACCCCCUCAGCUACCCCGCCCCCCUCACCUUCCAGAAUAUCUGGAAGGUGUCGGUGAGGUAUCGCUGAUCCCUGCCACAGACAUACCCUCUUCCCAAAACUGCCUUCCUCCCUGCUUUCCAGACCUGGAUGGGGUACCCCGUCACCAGCCAGGGUCUGAUAUUCCCCCCGGGGGCAGACUUGGCACGGGGAAACAGCGAGACGCAGGGUGUCUGGGACUGAGGGAGUCAGCGGAAGUGGAACAGUGCUGUGCCCACUGGCCAGCGGAGCCAGGGCUCCUGGGCGUGUUUCGCAGCCCGACCCUGGGCUGGUACCUCAGCAAGGAGCCGCCAGAGGACCAUGGGCCGUGGGAGCCUUCGGUCGCUGUUGCCCUUUUUGACGUUGGCGACGCUGUGGAGCCCAGUGCCCAGCGGUGCCCACCAGGGGAGCCAGCCGCGCUCCAUCAGGAUCGACGGCGACAUCACCCUGGGGGGGCUGUUCCCCGUCCACGGGAAAGGUCCGGCCGGGAUCCCAUGUGGAGACAUUAAGAAAGAGAAGGGUGUCCACAGGAUGGAAGCCAUGCUGUACGCCCUGGACCAGAUUAAUAGUGACCCCGAGAUCCUGCCCAACAUUACCCUGGGGGCCCGCAUCCUGGACACCUGCUCCCGGGACAUCUACGCUCUCGAACAGUCACUGACCUUUGUGCAGGCCCUCAUCCAGAAGGACACCUCCGAUAUCCGGUGCUCCAAUGGUGAGCCACCCAUCAUUCCCAAACCGGAGAGGGUCAUUGGGGUCAUCGGGGCAUCGGCCAGCUCUGUCUCCAUCAUGGUCGCCAACAUUCUCCGGCUCUUUGCGAUCCCUCAGAUUAGUUACGCCUCGACUGCCCCCGAGCUCAGCGACAACAACAGGUAUGACUAUUUCUCCCGGGUGGUGCCCCCCGACUCCUACCAGGCCCAGGCCAUGGUGGACAUCGUCAAAGCUCUGGGCUGGAACUACGUCUCGACCAUCGCGUCGGAGGGCAACUACGGCGAGAGCGGCGUCGAGGCCUUCUCCCAGAUCUCCAGGGAGGCCGGUGGGGUCUGUAUCGCCCAGUCUCUGAAAAUCCCCCGGGAGCCCAAACCCGGAGAGUUUGAGAAAAUCGUCCACCGACUGAUGGAGACGCCCAACGCCCGAGGGAUCAUCAUCUUCGCCAACGAGGACGACAUCCUGAGGGUGCUGGAAGCCGCUAAUCUGGCGAACCUGACCGGACACUUCCUGUGGGUGGGCUCCGACAGCUGGGGGGCUAAGGUCUCGCCGGUCCUGCACCAGGAGGAAGUGGCUGAGGGAGCGGUCACCGUCCUGCCGAAGCGGGCGUCCAUCGAGGGUUUUGAUGAAUAUUUCACGAGCCGCACCUUACAGAAUAACCGCAGGAAUAUCUGGUUCGCCGAGUUCUGGGAGGAUGACUUUGCCUGUAAACUGACCAUUCCCCGGAGCCAGGACAACACUGCGAUGCGGAAAUGUACAGGCCAGGAGAGGAUAGGCCUGGACUCAGCCUACGAGCAGGAGGGGAAGGUGCAGUUUGUCAUUGAUGCUGUGUACGCGAUGGCACACGCCCUCCAUAACCUGCAGAGGGAUGUGUGCGCGGGGAGCCCGGGGAUCUGCACCAAGAUGGACACCAUCGAUGGCAAGACCCUCCUGGAGUAUAUACGGGCCGUCAACUUCAAUGGGAGUGCAGGGACCUCGGUGAUAUUUAAUGAGAACGGGGAUGCCCCGGGGCGUUACCAUAUCUUCCAGUACCACCAUACCAACACGAGCACACCUGGAUAUAAGGUCAUCGGGCAGUGGACAGACCAACUCAAGAUGAAUCUGGAGGAGAUGCAGUGGGGUGGUGGGGGUACUGAGAUCCCGCCGUCGGUAUGCAGCCUGCCGUGUAGGCCAGGAGAGAGGAAGAAGAUGGUGAAGGGGGUGCCUUGCUGCUGGCACUGCGAGGUCUGUGAUGGCUACCGGUACCAGCUGAGUGAGUUCGAGUGUGCCCCGUGCCCAAUCGACAUGAGACCCAGCCCUAACCGGACCGGCUGCCUCCCGACACCCGUUGCUAAGCUGGAUUGGUACUCGGCCUGGGCGGCGGUGCCCGUCUCUCUGGCCGCGGUGGGGGUCCUAGCCACCACCGGCACUGCCGUGGUCUUCAUCCGUUACCGUGACACGCCCAUCGUCCGAGCCUCCGGCCGUGAGCUCAGCUGCGUGCUGCUGUGCGGGAUCUUCCUGACCCACGCCAUCACCUUCCUGAUGGUGGCGGAGCCCGGAACGGCCGUCUGCGCCCUCCGGCGCCUCCUGCUGGGCCUGGGCACCAGCAUCACCUAUUCUGCCCUGCUGACCAAGACCAACCGCAUCUACCGCAUCUUCGAGAGGGGCAAGCGCUCGGUGACGCCGCCGCGGUUCAUCAGCCCGGCCUCGCAGCUGGCCAUCACCUCGGCCCUCAUCUCCGUGCAGCUCCUGGGUGUCUUCGUCUGGCUGGGGGUGCAGCCGCCUCACGCCGCGGUGGACUAUGAGGAACAGCGGCCCCCUGACCCCGAGCAGGCCCGGGGCCUACUCAAGUGUGACAUGUUGGAGCUGUCCAUCCUGGGUUGCCUGGGUUACAGCCUGGUGCUGAUGGUGACCUGCACCGUCUAUGCCAUCAAGAGCCGUGGUGUGCCUGAGACCUUCAAUGAGGCCAAGCCGAUUGGCUUCACCAUGUACACGACCUGCAUCAUCUGGCUGGCUUUUGUCCCCAUCUUCUUCGGCACGGCAGGGUCAGCGGAGAAGAUGUACAUCCAAACGACGACGCUGACUGUGUCGCUGAGCCUCAGCGCGUUCGUUUGCCUGGGGAUGCUCUACAUCCCCAAAGUCUAUGUCAUCAUCUUCCACCCGGAACAGAACGUUCAGCGGCGCAAGCGCAGUUUCAAGGCAGCGGCGACUAUGGCAAGCUUUGCCUCGCACCUGUCCCAGCGGUCACACAACGGAGACACCCCCAAGGACGAGAAGGGAGGCAACUGAUGGCAUGGGGAUGGAGCAGGGAGAGCCGCCUGCCGUAGGAACUCUGACCGGUGGCCUACAACACUCUCCAACCCAGCGUACCUCGCCCCUCAACUUCCUUGCUCGUGGCCAAAUACAAUGGCGCCCCCAAAUCUGUGCAUCGCCCAGUCAUCGCCCCGUUGACAUUCAAUGGCGUCACAAUAAUCGAGCCCCCCAGUGAGCGGUCAACAUCCAGAGGGGGUUACCAAUGAGAGAGAAUCUAACCAUCACUUCCUGGACAUUUAAUGGUGUUACCAUCACUGAAUCCUGGCCCCCUCCCACUAUCAACAUCCUGGGGGUUACCGUCUCCAACGAAAGAUCUAACCACCACUUUCCACCCCCUCCCCAACCAACCAACCUUCCCUUGACAUUCAAUGGCAUUACCAUCACAAUAUCACCUCACUGUCAACAUCCUGCAGGGGUUACCAUUCAGAAAAUCUAACCAUUGCCCCUUUGGCGUUCAAUGGGUGUCACAUCACUGUACCCCCUCCCACCCCCGCCACUACAAACACCCUGGGAUGGAUCAGAAAUUGAACCAGACCGAGCCAUAUCACUACUGCAGAUCGAAAAGAGCAGGUCAGGCGCAGGAAAUCUCGCUGCAAGUAAAUCCUCUCUUGCCUCCCUCCCCAACCCCCACCCCCCCAAAGCUGGUCCCACCAUCAACGAGGCACAAGUCAAGAGGGUGAGGGAAUACUCCCCACCUGCCCUGUACGGGUGCCGCUCCAAAAACACCCGAGAAGAACGCUUUCUGGGACAACGCAGCACCGGCACACCCACAGCCCCCACCCACCCCCCAGCUCAAUCGACACACUAACCCCCCCAAACUUCAACACUCCCUCCCCCACCACUGACAUAGCUGGGCUCAUUAGGAAUGCUCAGCUGACCUGCACCGCCAACGCACAGCCGCAGCAGUGUGUACCGUCUACAGGACGCACCGCAGUGACUCGCCAAGGCUCCUCCGACUGCACUUUCCGAACCCCAACACCUCUACCCCACCCUCCCAAAGGACCAGGGACAGCAGAGAUGCAGGGGGAGCUCCAAACCCCCUGCAAGUUCCCCUCAAAGAAGCCCAACACCAUCCCAACUGGGAAUGAUACCAUCAGCUGUUCCUUCAGUGCCACUGGGGGGGGGGGGGGUCAGAAUCCUGGAACUCCCUCAUAACGGGAGCAUGGUGCGUAAUGUCCCUACACCGCACAGUAUAGGGACCUUCUCAUGCUGGAGGGGCAAUUAAGGAUUGGGGGUAUAUACUGGGCCCAGUCAGUAGCAUCCACAUCUUGAAAGGGGGUAAGACAAGACAGGGAAGCAGAUGGAGAGACAGAAAGAGGGACAGGAAGAUAGGGAGGGUGAGUAUAAGAGACGGAGACAUAGGGAAGGCGGGGGGAGAUGGAGUGGGAGUUGCACACAGGGAGACAGAGACAGACAGCAAUAACAAGACAGACAGAAAGAAGUAAUUGUAGCCAGUGAGGGAGACAUGGACAGAAAGAGAGAGAUUGAAGAGAUACAGGAAGAAUGAAGAGAAAGAGAGAGAGAGAGAGAGAGAGAGAGACAGAGAGAGAGACGCACACAGAUAGAUUGAAAAAGAGAGCCAAGAAGAGAUAUUGAAGAGAUACAGAAAGACAAAAUGAGUGGGACAGAGAUGGAGAGAGAGAGAAAGAGAGAUGGAGAAACAGCGAUAGCAACACAGACAGAUAGAGAUGGAGAGGGAAAAGUAGUGACAGAGUAAGGGGCAGCAGGUAGAGAGAGAGAGAGAGAGAGAGAGUACGAGAGGCAGAGCCAAGUGCAAAGGAAGAGGGGUAAUUGCUGGGCUGUCAGGCGAUGUACCUGACUGAUUUUUGGAUUUAUUUAUUGCCAUGUGUACCGAAAUACAGUGAAAGCUUUGUUUACGAGCAGGACAGUCAGAUCAUAGUAAGCAAAGGAUGUACAGAUCAAAAAGACUUAGACAGAGGCACACAGCUUACAUUGCACAGGAUGUGUGCAUUAGGUGAGAUAACGCGAACGAGGUCAGCGUUACUUGAGGCCAGAGAGUCCAUUCAUCUGUAAACUUUGGGUACUGUCAUAGCUGGGGGUGAGAAUAGGGGCACUGAGCUGAGCUCUGCUGCCUGAGUAUUGACCCUGCCGUGGUCUGGGAGGUUGCUGCGUCAACAGGAUGCCAAGCUGAUCACAGUGUAGCGAGGGAUGUGAGCACGUUACUCACACAUUGCAUUGUGAGGUGCUGAUCCAAUUUACAACAGACCUGCCUGGGCAGAUAACCACAGUCUCUGUCAUCAGAGACUCAGUCCCUUCGAAACUCCACAGCCCACUGCUCCCUCCUUCAUCUCUCCUUUGCAGUCUGCCUUUCUUUCUCUGUGUCUGUUUCUCUCUCUGUUUCUCCCUCUGCCUUUGUCACUAUGUCUUUCUCUCUGAAUCCCGUUCUCAACGUCUGUCUGUCUCUCACUGUCUCUCUGCCUCUCACUUCCUCUCUUUCUCUUCCUCUUUCACUCUCUCCCCCGCUCCCUCACUGCCUCCCCUGCACAUCAUCACUCUCCCCCUCAAUUCCUUACACAUUGUGUCUCCACCCACCCCAACUACCCCAGCACUGCAGGUCAAAGCCAACUCUCCAAAGAUACAGACUGUGGCCAGCCGUGAGAUUGGAGGGGGUGGGAAGAAAGGAGGG